AUGAAGGCCCGCUACGGGCCUGGGUUAGGGUUAUCCGAGGUUACUUCAACGUUCUCAUCAUUUUCUCGGCGAUGGCACCAUCACUCGCAAGCUACUUUCCUCAACGCUAUCCGAUGCAAGCCAGAGCCUGACGAUACCACUGGUUGUGUAUUAUCCCGCCUGUGCUACAAUUUCAAUCCUGUUGGAUUACGUCUUCCUGCUACUCUGGUCUUCUACUUGCGUGCUUUGCUUGAAGAUCUGAACAUCUCGCAGCCUCACCCAAAUAAACCCUAA